UCGGUUGUCGAUGAAUUUCUACUUGUGUGGAUAAUUAAAAUGACGUCACUGCUGCUACUUCUGGUGAUAAUAGUAUCAGUGACUGCAAUGCCAGUAUCGAAAAGUUCAACGUCCGAUGGAUCGAACGACGUGGAUUCACCAAAGAGGCUUACAAAGAGAUUGGAAAGUGGAAAAAAAUCAGAAGAGCCAGAUGAUCCUGAGGUACAUCUCCACGAUAAGAAUUGGCCAACCACAAAGAAGGGUCGAAUGCACAAGGCCUUCUUCCUCAACUACCCUUAUACACCCCAAAUCAAUAAACACUCGUCUCCCACUCCAUCUCCACUCGAAUACGACGUGAUUGAGGAGAGAUCCCCAGGACACAGAAAAAAAUACCAGGACAGCAAAAUUUUCUACAUUCGUUUGCCACCUUCGCCCUAUUUCUUCGUACCAGGUAUGGGGUACAUCUCAAAUCCCCCAAAAUUCACAUCAUCAUCGCUACCUCAGACGAGUCAAAAGCCCGGAAGACGUCGUCCCCAGAAUUCAGUUAUCAAUCUGCCCAUUGAUUUUGUCAGCAAUGGAAAGCCGACGGGGGUUUAUCAAUAUGAUAACCCCAGGAAACCGUCCAAGAGGAAGGAUACAACUCCCUCUAAACUCAGAAAAGGACCUUACACAUUCAAUGGUCGACCUAUGAGUCUUUAUAUUCUUGGACCCAAUGGAGAACAGACCAGGAGACAGCCCAUCAUCUACUCCGAUGUCGAUAGCAAUAAUAUCUAUUAAUUUGGAGAUGGAAUCAGCUGGGGAAUUCCUUCAGUAUUUUCCUACGUGAAAAUCAUGUGUGCGUGACUGUGUUGGUGAUUCUCUCGAGUGGCUAGCAACUUGUUCUGGCAACUUAUCCGUCAGUGUCCUUGAACGAUGCAUGCCAAACUCUCUUCGACGAAUGACUCGUUCUCGUUUGAUGAUUCACCGCAUCUAGAAAAUCUGUGCAACUUGGACAGGUGUUUAAAGAAUAAUAUUUGAGUGAGGAAUAUGUCACUUUCUCGAUUCCUUCAACCAGUGAUUAUUUUUGGACGCAAUAUUCUCCUGUGGGGAAGGUGUAAUGUGUGAUUGAAAUUGACAAUUAGCAAAUGACUUUUGCUCAAAUAUUUUGGUUAGUUAAGUCUUGUAAGGAUUUGAGACAUUUUUGGAGUCAGGAUUUUUUUUUUUUAGUGCGAGGGGAAAAUUCAUGAGUUGUCAAACAAGUCUUGCUCAGCCGGACAUAUCUUCUGGUGAGAAUGCAUUCUUUUCAGGAUUUGAGGAUCUUUUAUAGAGUCAAGUCUAUCGAGAAAUAUUUUCCCUGUAAGUUAUACGAUCGCUGUCAUGUUAUUAUUAUUAUUUCGUUUAAGAAUUAAUUUUUAUCUGUGAUUGUUGGAUAGCAGAGAAUUUGAGAAGCGGGAGUUAAAUAUGAGAGAGGCCCAAAAAUUUUGUAUUUUUUUUUCUCCUUUCCGGGUAAAAAAAAUUGUAAUCGGAAUAUUUUUUCCUAAUUUUCAAAAAAUCUCUGGAAAACUCUUCAGAAAAUGGGAAACAAAACAAUUUUAUUUUUGGA